GUGGCCAGAAACUGGUUCUUAACACUGUUAAAAAUGGAGAACGAAAUUAUUAAUCCAGAAACUGAGAAUCCAAGUUAUAAUCUGCAACAGAUUAAAAGGGAUUUAGAGGGCUGGAGGGAAGUUCUGCUGCCACUAAAUGGACUUUUGCACUGGGAAAAACCGUAUUAUCCUGCCAUCAUAGUUGGAGUCAAUACCUUUAUUUUUUCUCUGAUAUGGUACUUUGAUCCCUCAGUCCUUACAACCUUCGCUCUAAUAGGACUAGCUGUCAGCCUGAUCGAUUUCCUGGUACCCAUAAUUGGACCAAGUGUUGUCACCGCUAAAUGGACCAGAAAACAAGAGGAGCAAUACCAGGAAAUCUGCUGCCGCAUUAUGAAUGCCAAGACUCAUUUCGCUAAUGCCAAGACCACCAUGAGUUCACUGAAGGCAGAAAAACCAAAAAUUUAUUUCCUAAUCGUCAUGGGAACCUUGGUUGCUAUGGCUUGGCUUGGCAGUCGGAUGGACAACCUUUGUAUGACCUAUUUCCUGGUGAACUUGAUUCUGCUGAUCCCAGGGAUAAGACAGCAUGCCGUUCUCCAGAAAUACCUGGCCCGAUUUCUGAACGUCUGCAAAUCCCUCGUCGGAAAAGGACCCAAGAAAAUGAAAUCAAGCUAGACACAGCAAACAGUUAAGGAGAAUGCAAUACCAGCAUAGUGUCUACGAGUGUAAACUAACCUGUAGAUUUUUUUUCCUUCUCUAAAUGGUGCCAUUAUGAUUAUUCCGGGCUGUGUUUUUGCUUCCUAGACCGUAUGAAAUAACUUCCUUGAAGUCAAAUAUUGUUAAAAGCAUUGAAGCAUAUUACAUGUAUAGUAUUUUAUUACUUUCUUUUAUCAAUAUUUUUUCUUGUUUAUGAUUUGUAAUUGUUGCAUAAUCAUAUGAAAUUUAUUUCUUUGUGUCCAUUAUUUGCUUGUCCAGAAAAUUAUUUGUAUUACUGGUAGUAUGAAAUCCAGGCAGUUAUGAUUUUUUUUGUCAUUACUCAUACAUGUGCCCAAAUCAUCAGAGAACUGAGGUUUUGAUGGAAAAACUUUCUUUGUCUUCCUGUUGAGUGAUGUAAAUGGCACAUUAACAUCGUUUCUAGUUUAAACAAUAUUGUAUUGCGAAAUGAAAUAGAAUUGGACAGCAGGCAUCGUUUCUGACUUCUUGUAAAAAAUUAUAAAGGAAAUUGAAAAAAUUUGUUCAGCAAAUCUUUUGAAGAAGAAUCUACCUGUAAGUAACAGCAUCUUGCCAACAAUUACUGUACCUUUUUUUAGCCGUUUUCAGAAAUGUGAAGAGGCAAUCCCACAAUACAGUCCGUAUGGAGUUUUUAGUUUUUGUUUAGUGUUAUUUAUAUAUAAUUGUGUUGUUAUUGAUUACUUUAGAUGACUAUUUCUGUUAUUGUUAUUUUUUUUUCUCGUACAGUUUUGUUGUCAUGGAUACUCGUAAUAUUCAUCCCCAUCAGCAUGGUUUUUCAUAUUUGUGCAUGUUUUCAAAACCCCAAAAUAUGAUUUUUUUGUUGAUUGUAAGAAAAAAUGGCUAUCAGGACAUGUCAGUGUCUGAAAAUUCAAGUAAAAUUUCAUUUUUCACUUAAAAAUUUUUAAACCUUAAGAAUUAUGGUAAUGGAAAUAUAAUUUCAGCAAUAGAAUUGGACAUAGUUGCAAACUACAUUGUAAAUUUGUUUUUAGCUCACCUGAACCGAAGGUUCAAGUGAGCUUUUCUGAUCACCCGUUGUCCGUCGUCCGUCCGUCCGUCCGUCCGUCUGUCCGUCCGUCUGUAAACUUUUCACAUUUUCAACUUCUUCUCAAAAACCACUGGGCCAAAUUUAACCAAAUUUGGUACAAAGCAUCCUUAUGGAAAGGGGGUUAUAAAUUGUUAAAAGAAAGGGCACAGCCCUUUUCAAAAGGGAGAUAAUUGCGAAACAGUAAGUUUAGGGUGCAUGUCUUUAAAAAUCUUCUUCUCAAGAACCACGGCACCAGAAAUGCCAAUAUUUACAUAAAAGCUUGUAUAUAUAGUGAAGAUUCUAAAUUGUAAAAAUCGUGACCCUCGGACCAAAACUGGGGCCCCAGGCGGGGUUCAAAGUUUAACAUAGAAAUACAUAGGAAAAUGUUUAAAAAAUCUUCUUCUCAAGAACCACUGCACCAGAAAUGCCAAUAUUUACACAAAAGCUUGUAUAUAUAGUGAAGAUUCUAAAUUGUAAAAAUCGUGACCCUCGGACCAAAACUGGGGCCCCAGGCGGGGUUCAAAGUUUAACAUAGAACAACAUAUGGAAAAUGUUUAAAAAAUGUUCUUCUCAAGAACCACUGCACCAGAAAUGCCAAUAUUUACACAAAAACUUGUAUAUAUAGUGAAGAUUCUAAAUUGUAAAAAUGGUGACCCUCGGACCAAAACCGGGGCCCCAGGCGGGGUUCAAAGUUUAACAUAGAAAUACAUAGGAAAAUUUUUUAAAAAUCUUCUUCUCAAGAACCACGGCACCAGAAAUGCCAAUAUUUACACAAAAGCUUGUAUACAUAGUGAAGAUUCUAAAUUGUAAAAAUCAUGAUCCUCGGACCAAAACUGGGGCCCCAGGCGGGGUUCAAAGUUUAACAUAGAAAUACAUAGGAAAAUGUUUAAAAAUCUUCUUCUCAAGAACCACUGCACCAGAAAUGCCAAUAUUUACACAAAAGCUUGUAUAUAUAGUGAAGAUUUUAAAUUGUAAAAAUCGUGCCCCUCGGACCAAGACUGGGGCCCCAGGCGGGGUUCAAAGUUUAACAUAGAACUACAUAUGAAAAAUGUUUAAAAAUUUUCUUCUCAAGAACCACUGCACCAGAAAUGCCAAUAUUUACACAAAAGCUUGUAUGUAUAAUGAAGAUUCUAAAUUGUAGAAAUCGUGACCCUCGGACCAAGACUGGGGCCCCAGGCGGGGUUCAAAGUUUAACAUAGAACUACAUAUGAAAAAUGUUUAAAAAUUUUCUUCUCAAGAACCACUUCACCAAAAAUGCCAAUACAUACACAAAAGGUUGUAUACAUAGUGAAGAUUGUAAAAAUCGUGACCCCCGAACAAAAAGUGGGGCCCCAGUAGGGGUUUAGAUUUUAACAUAUGUAGGAAAAUGUUUUAAAAUCUUCUUCUCAAGAACUAUAGUGCAACUGUUUGGGAUAUUACUAUGCAUACAUGUACAUCCUUAAAUAAUGUAGAUUCAAAAAAUUGUAACUCCCAGACAAUUGAUGGGCACCAAGAGGGGUUCAAAAUUUAAACAUUUUAAAAAACAUAAAGGAAAAGUUUAAAAAUGUUCUUCUCAAGAACUACAAUGUUUUAGUUUGUGGAAUUUCUAUGCAUGCAUCCUUCGCUUAUGUAGAUUCCUAAUUGGUAAAAUCGUGACCCCCGAACAAAUACUGGGGCCCCAAGAUGGGGUCAAAAUUUAUUAAAGAAAUAUAAAGGUAACAUGUUAAAAAAUCUUCUUCUCGAGAACUACAAUGCUUCAAUUUGUGAGAUUACUAUCAUGCAUACAACCUUGGAUAAUGAAGGUUCGACAGUUUUAAAAUAGUGACCCCUGGACUAAUACUAGAGACCCAAGAUGGGUUUAAAGUUAAAUGUAGAAGUACCGGUAUAUAUGGAAAAUGUUUAAAAAUCUUCUUUUCGAGAACUACAAUGCAUCAAUUUGUCAGAUAACUACGUCAGCACCCUCAAAUAGUGUAGAUUCGAAAUUAUAAAAGCCGUGAUCUCAAUCUAAUACUGGGGCCCCAAGAGGUGUUCAAAGUUUAGCAUAGAAAUAUAGAGGGAAAAUGUUGAAAAAUCUUUUUCUAGGGAACUAUAAUGCUUCAGCUUGUGAGAUAACUAGGCAAGCAUCCUUAAAUAAUGUAGAUUCCAAAUAAUUAAAACUUUAGCACUGGACUAAUACUGUGGCCCCAAGAGGGGUUCAAAGUUUAACAUAGAAAGAUAUAUUGAAAAUGUUUUUAAAAAGUUUUUCUCGAGAACUAUAAUGCUACAGUUUGUGAGAUUACUAUGCAAGGAUCCUCAAAUUGUGUAAACUCUAAUGUAGUGGAACCAAGAGUUAUCUUUCUUGUGUUCUGUACAGUCUGAGAGUUAUUCCUCUUGAAGUGGAAUGUUAUGUUCAGUUUUUCAGGUUGUGUACGUGCGGUCCCACCGCAGUGCUUCACAUUUUCAUUCCUAUGUUACUAUUUAUGUUGUUCAAGCCAACCAUAAACCUCGGAUCAUAACUGGGUCCCCAGAAAGGGGUUCAAUGUUUAAAAUAGAAAAAGCAUAAUUAUGCUACGAAAUGUAAUGUUACAAGGAACUGCUGUUCAGGUGAGCGAUGUGGCCCAUGGGCCUCUUGUUUUUUAAAUCCAUUCUGUUAGUUAAAAUUGAUUGAGAUUAUUUAUACAGUAAAACUUGUUUAGUACGAACACAGAUAUAGCGAAUUCUCGGAUACAGCGAAUAAAUUCUUAACAAACCUUUGCAAAAUUUUACGGUUAUAACGAAUUCGGAUUACGGAUAUAGCGAACUGAUUUUGAGUCCUUUUGAAGUUAAUAAUAACGAAAUUUAACACUUUUAUAACGAGUUUCUUUAAUAGCACCAAGUGCUCAAACUUUAAUAAAGUUUGCACUACUAUUUUACAUAAUAUUUUGAAUAAAUUUCUUUUCAUAUAAAUAUUUCGACUCCUAAUCCGAUCAUUAUAGGUAUCAAAGUAAUAUAUUUUUAUUCUAAGCCUUUAUUAGUAAAAAUUACAGUCUGGUGAAAGAAAACAUGUAUAUAGUGAAUUCGCCAUAGCUAUUAUUAUGGAUUCGUUAUACGGAUAUAACGAAUUACAGAUAUAAUGAAGUAAAUGAAUUGGUCCCUUGGACUUCGCUAUAACCGAGUUUUACUGUACAGUAGGUUGUUAAAAAUAUAAAUGUGAAAAAUGGUUUAUUCUUUUUACAUGUAAUAUUGCUGAAUUCAUCUUUAGUGUGCCAGUACAGUGUAUGUAGAAAAUCUGACAAAACAAGCAUACAGUAAAUGAGACGAAUUAAUAUUAUCGUUAAAUCUUGAGAAUCACAUCUCGCAGAUUUUAAAAUCACGCCUUACUUUUUCUGACAGACCUACACUAAAGGAACUAUGAUAAAAAUUUGGCGUUAAUGAUUUUAUAUAUCUGCAUUUUAUUGGAAAUAGGUUUAAUUGGGGAAUUAAGUACUCGCAUAAAACAAGGAAUCUACAGCAUACUGAGUAUGUAUAGGAAUAAUGAAGUGGGAUUAUAUGUUAUUCCUUUCAUAAUUCAUAAAUUCAUAGAAUGAAAGAGAACCACUCAGAGGCAUUGGCCAAGGGAGCAAGAUUUUGUUGCAAAGUAAUGAACAAAUUUAAAUGCUUUUAUGAAUUUUGUUACAAAGAUAUUAUUAAAUGUUGAGUAUGCACUUUUUUUUAGUGCCAUUUGAUAUGCAAAGUGCUUUGUAGAGACCAAAUGCAAUGUAAUGUGUUUUGAAUAUAAUCUUUCAGGGAUAUUGUACAUAUAAUAACCCAAAUCAACUGUUGUUGUCGUGUAUUGGUACCAAUGUAAUAACUGUACUAACAUGUAUGUAGAGUUUUCUUCUGUAGUAGCACUAGUAGGAGCUAAAUAGAUCUCAUGUGCCUUGAUAAGAAAAAGGCUCAAUAAAAGAAAAAAACAAGAUUUGAGAUAUAUACAUGUAGCAGGUACUGUGGACUCAUUAGAAUUCAUGGUGGCUCGAUUUUUGUAGAAUUCGUGGGAACCUCUCAUCCAGGAAUUGAAUUCAUCCACAAAUUAAUUAUUGUUAUAAAGUCAUAUUUCUCAUGUAGGUAGGCUUAUAAAAUAAUACAUGAAAUAACAUCCCAAUGAACCUGUAAAAUAAGCAAUCCAUGAAAAUUGGCCCCCAUGAAUUUUAAUGAUUCCACAGUAUGUGUACUUGCAGAUUUAUACAAAUGUAAUGAUGGCUGAAAUAUUCCAUUUAAAAAAAAUCUUUAAAAAAAUUUCAAAGGUAUGAAUUCAGUGGAAGUAUAUAUUGGAUUGUUCAGAAACAAGGCCUGUAAUAUGCAUAUUAAUGUAGGUGGAAGAGAGGCUUGUCAACAAUGGUGUCAGACUGUCAGUUCAUGAUUUUGUUUUCAAUGCAGAAUGUUGGGACAUCUUUUUUUUUAAUGAAAAUCUAGAUUCCUAACAAACCUUUCAGGACUUGCACACAUGUCCAAUUUCUAGUCAUUCAAAUUCUGGAUGAAAAAUAAGAGUUUUCUGACAAGUUUUCUCUUCGUGAAAUUAAGGGUAUAUAAAAGUGUUGUUUAUUGUAAUUGGUCAUACAUAUGUAUUUGUACAUGUAAUAAGAAUGUGUUCAUUGUUGUUUAGAUAUCAUAUGUAGCUGUGUUUUCAAUGUGUAUGAGCUUUUUUUACUUGCCUAUUUGUCCAUUUAGUAAUAUAAUCUAAAUCUUUGCAGCAUUCACUGUCAAUAAAAAAGACCUCCAAUACAGAGA